CUCAUGGAUAAAUAAGAUUAAAUCACUCAUUAACGUAGAAAAUGACAAUACAAAUACGAGGAUUAUAGUCGUCGCAGAAGGAGACUUCGAAUGCGGUUUACUCGGCCUUGUUAAUUGUUUAAAAAAAGAACCAGGCGGUGAAAUAAUUAGAAGUGUAUUUAUUUAAGAUAGAGAUGCACCUACUCUUUCAUUGAGAGAAUCGAUAUACAUGAGACAACUACAGCUAGAUUUACCUAUCAAUGUUCUACGUUCCGGCAUUUGGGGAUCCUACAGACAUUUUCCAUUACCAUUAUUAAAAUUAAAACUCGUACAGAGUGCUUAUGUUUCCCAAAUGGUACGAGGUGAUCUGAAUACUCUUUGUUGGAUGCAAAGUAGGAUAUCUUUCGUCAACAGUAAUGAGGAAAAUCUAGUAAGAGUAGUCUAUGCAUCUAUCAAUUUUAAAGAUAUCAUGAUAGCUAGCGGUAGACUCACCGAAUCUAUUACAACCGAGGGAAAUAAUAAUUCUUUAAUUGGAAUGGAAUUUGUUGGUUUUAAUAAAAUUGGGCAAAGAAUAAUGGGAUUGUGUCCAAUGGGAGGAAUGACAAAUAUUCACAUAGCUGAAAAAUAUCAUAGUUGGAUCAUACCCGACAAAUGGACGAUGGAAGACGCCGCGACGGUUCCUAGUGCAUAUAGCACGUGCUAUUAUGCUUUGUUUUUGAACGGUAAAAUGAAAAAAGGCGACAAAGUGUUGAUUCACUCUGGUACGGGAGGUGUUGGUCAAGCUGCCAUUUAUCUUGCCCUUUACAAGGGUUGUGAAGUGUUUACGACCGUUGGAUCUAUCGAGAAACGACACUUUAUAAGAGAAACAUUUCCCUCUAUUCCCGAGGAUCACAUUGGAAACUCUCGCGAUACGAGCUUCGAAGAAAUGAUUAUUCAGGGAACGAGAGGUCACGGAGUGGAUAUUGUAUUGAAUUCUUUAGCCGAAGAGAAACUGCAAGCGUCCGUCCGUUGCUUAGCAAAGGGUGGUCGUUUUCUCGAGAUUGGAAAGUUUGAUAUGGUUUCCAAUAGUCCUUUAAAAAUAUUUGCAUUUUCAAAAGGCAUUAGUUUUCAUGGCAUUUUAUUGGAUAAGUUAUUAUUUUCUACAAAAUCAAAGAAUAAGGAAAUAAUAUGGAACAAGUUCACAGAAGACUUAAAGAAUGGCGCCAUCAAACCGUUAUGUAGAAAAGUUUUCGAAAAGGAUGAAAUAAAAACUGCUUUUAGAUAUAUGGCUGCUGGAAAGCAUAUUGGAAAGAUAAUAAUAAAAGUUCAAAAAGAUGAUGAACUGGAUGCACCUAUACUUGCACAUCCCCGGUAUUACUGUCUAGAACACAAAUGCUAUAUCGUUCUAGGUGGUCUGGGUGGUUUCGGUCUAGAAUUAAUUGAUUGGUUAAUUUUACGUGGCGCAAAAAAUCUAGUAUUGACUUCGCGAACUGGGAUAAAAAACGGUUAUCAGCAAUCAAGAAUAACGUUGUGGCAAUCUCAUGGUGUGAAUGUACAAAUCAUUACAGCUGCUAAUACUUCGAAAUACGAAGACUGUAAAUCUAUAUUGCAAUUUGCCGAAGAACAAGGUCCCGUGGAUGCUAUAUUCAAUCUAGCAGUUGUGUUGAAAGAUAACAUAUUCAAGAAUCAAUCCCCACAAUCAUUCGAAGAUUCCUUUAUGUCAAAGGCAAGGACGACGAAAAGAAUGGACGAAUUAUCAAGAACAAUUUGUCCCCACCUUCGACAUUUUGUCGUUUUUUCUUCCGUUUCAUGCGGAAGAGGUAAUGCAGGCCAAACAAAUUACGGAAUGGCAAAUUCCGUAAUGGAAAGAAUUUGUGAAAAAAGAAUGAGCGAAGGUUUACAUGGUUUGGCUAUACAGUGGGGUGCGAUCGGUGAUGUUGGACUUGUUGCAGAUAUGCAAGAAGACGACAAAGAACUUGUUAUUAGUGGUACAUUGCAACAAGGAAUAUCCUCUUGCUUGGACACAUUAGAAGCAUUCUUACUACAAGAUCGGUCAAUUAUGAGCAGCAUGGUUGUUGCUGAGAAAAAAAAAGAUUCUGGCCAAGCAAGAAAUCCAUUUGAAGUGGCUGCAAAUAUUAUGGGAUUGAAAAAUCCAAACACAGUGGCGCCAAACAUGCCACUGGCUGAACUAGGCAUGGAUUCAAUGAUGGCAGUGGAGAUUAAACAGAUAUUGGAGAGAGAAUUCGAUAUUUUAUUGACAGCACAAGAUAUUCGAAAUCUCACUUUUGCAAAACUUAGAAAAUUGACAAAUACAGCUGAACAAGAAAAGUUGUACCAAAGAAAUGACAUCAAAGCUAAUGUAAAGGAUAUGGAUGGUUUAAAAAUAUUGACUCGAAAGCUUAACGAUUCAGACUUGAAUCCAAACAUUUAUAUAAAACUCGCUAUAAAGAGGGAAGUUGCUGGAAGUGAAAUAUUCCUUAUAUCAGGAAUCGAUGGCUCUGCAAGUGUAUAUAAACUGAUAGGAUCGAAAAUUAAAUCUUCAGCGACAUGUUUGCAACACGGUGUAGUUAACAUGCCAAAUGUUACUCGUUCAGUAAUGAAAUCAGCAGCAUAUCUUCUGCCUCACGUAUUGGAGAAAAUACAAAGUCAAAAAGAAUUUCGAAUUGUUGGUUAUUCAUUUGGAUCUUUAAUUGCCAUCGAAUUAGCGAGAUUAUUAGAAGCUAAAAAUUUCUCCGGACGUUUAAUUCUUAUAGAUGGAGCUCCUGAUCAAAUGAAGUUUUUGUUUGAGAAAUUUUUUUAUCAUACUACAGAACAAGAGCUACAAAAUAGCAUUUUACUAUAUCUAAUAAAAUUGUAUCUUGACUCUAACAAUGAAAUGCUUGAAUUAGAACUAAAUAAGUGCAAUACGUGGAAAGAGAAAUUAGAAUUACUUACUGCUCGCUUUUCGAAAGCUAUCAAUGUAUUAACUGUUGAAAAUCAGAAAUUUUUAUGUUCGACGCUUUACGAUCAUAUAAUCGCUAUACAAGAUUAUCAUAUAACAUCAUUGCCACGUCUUAAAUCAUCUAUAAUCUUAUUAAAACCCACACUUAUGCCUAUCACUUUUACUGAAGAGGAUUAUGGUCUACAUAAGAUUACCGAAAGUGCAGUACAAAUACAUUACGUGGAAGGUACUCAUAUCACAAUAAUGGACAAUGACAAAGUGGUAUCACUUAUUAACGAAACAUUGUAAAUUAAAAAAAUAUGAUAAUAAAUAAUAUGAUAAUUAAAU